CUCGCUCCUAAACUAUUUCGUACAGUAUGUAAAAAGGAACCAGUUGAAAUACGCGAGUUGAGUAAAUAGAUCGUUGCGAAACUUUGUCCUGACAAGAAGGGAGAGAAGGUCACAGUGAACGCAUUAACCAUGGGGUCUAUAAUGGGAAAAGCUAUGGACGAGAACUUAAAGAAAAACCAGGAAUUCAUGCUGAAAGUGAACCAGCUAACAUUGGAGAGACAGAUACAAAUGCAGAACCAGAUGAGAGAGAGGCAGAUGGCUAUGAUGGUAGCCCGGGGAAGAGACAUAUUCCAGUGGUUUGGGGCAUUUUAUGCUACAUAUGCAUCUAUAGCGGUUCUAGCGACUAUGAAAACAAAAGGGAAAAGUAAAGGUUUGGUUGCCCCAUUGCUUCCUCUGACCUUCAUAUUAGGAUACCAAUAUGACCUUGCCUAUGGAUCAAAAAUGGAGAGGAUGAGACAGGAAGCUGACAGAGUAAUGGACACAGAAUCCUAUCUACUGGACCUCCCACACGGACUCCCAACAUUUAACAGCAUAGAGGCAGGCAGACAGAAGGCGAAAGAUGCUAGCCGGGUCAAUCAAGGCCAUGACAUAUUCCUGGAUUCCUGUAAGGAACAAGUGCAUGGGUACAGUGGUGCCAGGUACAAGAAGUUCAACACAGCGGAGGAAGCUCAGGCCUUUGUAGAGGGGAGUGACAGUUACAGUGGGGGGAGUUCCAGUUACAGUGGCGGUUACUCAAGUUACAGUGGGGGAUACUCAAGUUACGGCAGCUCAGGUAACUCUGGAUCCAGUUCUACGGAGACGGAGGAUGAUCACGUAUACACAGACGGAUGUUGUCGUAAUAAUGGCCAGAAGGGCUCUGUGGCUGGUAUAGGAGUGUACUGGGGACCAGAUCAUCCAUGUAAUGUGAGUGAGAAAUUGCCAGGAAGGCCAACAAACAACAGAGCAGAGAUACAUGCAGCAAGAGUUGCUGUGAAACAAGCUAAAGAAAGAAACAUGAAAAGUGUUACUGUUGUGACAGAUAGCCAGUUUCUCAUCAAUGGGAUGACAUCUUGGAUUCACAGUUGGAAGAUGAAUGGAUGGACAUUGUCAGACAAAUCUAAAGUAAAGAAUGUUGAGGAUUGGAAAGCAUUGGAUGCUGAGAUGAAAGACAUCAAUGUCAAAUUUAAGCAUGUACGAGGCCAUACAGGGGUCGGUGGAAAUGAGGAGGCAGAUAGGUUGGCCAAUGAAGGAGCCACGAAAACUGCAUCAAAGACUGGAAAAUCCUGGUUCUAAUGAUGCUGAAGUGAUGUGAUUUAUUGGUACAGGUUGACCAAGCACUCGCUAUUCUGUCCAUUUGUGCCAAGUGCAGAAUCUGAUGUGUAAUUUCAGAACUCUGUUUGAGUCAGUAUAUGUUACAUCAUCAUUCAUGGUGCUGUUUAUGUUAAUGGAAUGUUUGUUUUAAUUCAUCUAUAGAUUAGGACUUAGCUUAGUUACGAUAUACACAUUAUAGAUCUUACAUUACUUUAAAGAUGUACAUUAUUUUGAUUACUUUACUUUAAAGAUGUACAUUAUUUUGAUUUUUUGUUUGUUUAAUAAACUGUUCUGUGAUGAACAA